AAUUUAGUGUUACACCUCAAGACUCUUCUAACAGAAAUGGCUUCUGCUUCUCUGAUCAAGACCUCACCGGUUAUUGACAAGUCAGACUGGGUCAAGGGUCAGUCUAUUCGCCAACCUUCUGCUUCCGUCGUUAGAUGCCAACCGGUCUCACCCUCUGCAAUCUCAAUCCGAGCUAGCUCUUACGCCGAUGAGCUUGUCAAAACCGCAAAAACGAUUGCAUCCCCCGGGCGUGGAAUCUUGGCUAUGGAUGAAUCAAAUGCGACUUGUGGAAAGCGUCUAGCAUCAAUUGGACUAGAGAACACCGAAGCCAACCGGCAGGCAUACAGAACGCUCCUAGUUAGUGCUCCUGGUCUUGGCCAAUACAUCUCUGGUGCUAUUCUCUUUGAAGAGACUCUCUACCAAUCUACAACCGAGGGCAAGAAGAUGGUGGAUGUGCUUGUUGAGCAGAACAUUGUACCUGGUAUUAAAGUUGACAAGGGUCUUGUUCCUUUAGUGGGGUCUAAUGAUGAAUCUUGGUGCCAAGGUCUUGAUGGUCUUGCUUCCCGCACUGCUGCUUACUAUCAACAAGGUGCUCGUUUCGCCAAAUGGCGUACUGUGGUGAGCAUUCCCAAUGGUCCAUCAGCACUUGCAGUGAAGGAAGCAGCCUGGGGUUUAGCUCGCUAUGCUGCUAUUUCUCAGGAUAGUGGUCUGGUUCCAAUUGUAGAGCCUGAGGUCUUACUUGAUGGCGAACAUGGUAUUGAGAGGACCUUUGAAGUAGCUCAAAAGGUUUGGGCUGAGGUGUUCUUCUACCUUGCCCAAAACAAUGUCCUGUUCGAAGGUAUCCUCCUCAAGCCGAGCAUGGUUACUCCCGGUGCAGAGUGCAAAGACAGGGCCACACCUGAGCAAGUUGCCGAUUAUACUCUCAAGCUCCUCAGCAGAAGAAUUCCUCCAGCAGUCCCCGGAAUAAUGUUUUUGUCUGGCGGGCAAUCUGAAGUAGAAGCCACCUUGAACCUGAAUGCAAUGAACCAAUCUCCAAACCCAUGGCACGUAUCGUUCUCAUAUGCAAGAGCACUUCAAAACACUUGCCUGAAGACAUGGGGAGGCGAAGCCGCGAAUGUGAAGGCGGCUCAGGAGACUCUGCUAAUCCGAGCAAAGGCAAAUUCUCUUGCUCAGCUUGGGAAAUACACAGGCGAGGGAGAGUCCGAGGAAGCCAAAGAAGGAAUGUUUGUCAAGGGUUAUGUCUACUAGUGAUAUAGAAGAAAUGAUGUUAAUGCUUAUCAUCAACAAGACCCUAAUGUUAUGUUUGUCAUUGUAGUAGCCUGUGUCAAGACUUCCUUUGUUUAUAGUAUGUUUCUAGCAACUUUUCAUUCA